GGCUCCUUGCUGGGGGUGUUAUAAAAAGAAGGGUGUGUUUAUACCGGUAGCCAAGUUUUUCAAGCAAGAAACAGCAGCACGUUGAGUUUUGCUUCUAAAAUCACUUUGUGGACAAUAUCUUGGCAAUUCCCAACCCUUUACGAAGCUUUGUAGUGUAUUAUUCGGAAAUAUCUGGUCGUUAUGCAAGCGAUUAAAUGCGUUGUAGUCGGUGAUGGAGCUGUCGGCAAAACUUGUCUGCUCAUAAGUUACACAACAAAUGCUUUCCCCGGAGAGUACAUACCGACCGUUUUCGACAACUACUCGGCGAAUGUGAUGGUAGAUGGAAAGCCUAUAAAUUUGGGUUUAUGGGAUACGGCGGGUCAAGAAGAUUAUGACAGACUUCGACCACUUAGCUACCCACAAACCGACGUUUUCUUAAUCUGUUUUUCACUUGUGAGUCCAGCGUCCUUCGAAAAUGUCAGAGCAAAGUGGUACCCGGAAGUCAGUCAUCACUGUCCUAAUACACCAAUCGUCCUUGUUGGUACCAAACUAGAUUUAAGAGAUGACAAGGAUACCAUAGACAAACUAAAGGAAAAAAAGCUGGCUCCGAUCACUUACCCACAAGGCCUUCAAAUGAUGAAAGAUAUCGGUGCGGUUAAAUAUUUGGAAUGCUCAGCGUUGACCCAAAAAGGUCUCAAAAUUGUUUUUGAUGAAGCGAUUCGUGCUGUUCUUUGCCCGUCUCCCCAAGUUCGAAAAAAGAGUAAAUGUUCUAUCCUGUAACAAGACUUUGCAAUCCAAAACUUUUUUGUGAUUGAAACAUGCUAGAAUGCCUUAAGCAACUCAAAUCAAGAACUUGUAGUUAUACGGAAUUUGAUAUUAGCGAUAGCGAAGCUUUGCGUAAUUUUGUCUUAAAAGUAUCUUGGUUUGAGUUGGUUAAUUUAUAAUGAAGGUUGCCUAACACAAGCAAUUAUAAAUAUUGUGCUGUAAUUUCAGUUAAAGUUAGUUUUAUAAUUCACAUUUUGCUUACAUGGUGUGAUAGACCCUAUGCUAGCAAUUCUUUCAUUUUGUACUAAGUCGGAGAAAAAAAAUCAAAAAAAUGUGAAUUUUGAUGUGCGAAUUAGCCUGUAAUGUAUACUGGACUUUAGUAUUAGAUAUUUUAUUUUAUUCUUUGUUUUAUUUCAAAUAUUCUAAAUGGUUCUUGAUUAUGCUAAGAUAUUACUUAUUCACUCACACACCUUUAAAUUGACCAUAGAUAACUGCAAUACAAUAUCUAACUGGAUUACUAUUUCAAUAAAUAUUCCUUUUGUGAUUUAUUUUAAAUACUUUAUGAGAAAUGUAACAGAAAUACACUACUUUUCUUUAUGAGUGAUCAGAGAA